CCUCGGCACCAGGCCCAGCGCGCGUGCUCGACUACUCCAGCGGCGUUCAUUCACUCGGGACUGGGAGGAGUGUGUCCUGUGUGUGUGUGUAGCUGGAUAGAGCUGGAGUGGGCUGGGUUCUGCCCGUCAGCCAUGUUGGAAUGAGAGGGAAUGAAAAGCUGGAAUGAGAGAGGAUCGACUGGACAAGACGGGAAAAGCGGGUUCUGGAAUAUCACCUCAGAAGAUCAAAGCGCGCGAGCGACGGAUCAUCACACCACAAACCAACAUUUCCAGAAUUUCAUUUUACACAGAAUAUGACAGACACUUAGCGCACAACAAAGGCAUGGCGACGGCAUACCUGGAGCCCAACCCGAACUACACCCUGGGCCCCGGGGCCAAGGCCCGUCUGAGUGCGGGGCCGGAACGGGCCCCCGGGGCCCCCGACAGGGUCCUGAAGGUCUUCCAUCACUUUGAAAACAACAGCGAGCGCAGCACCUGGUCCAGCAACAUCCGGCAUGGAGACGCAACUGACGUCAGGGGAAUCAUUCAGAAGAUCGUGGACAUCCACAAGGUGCGUCUGGUGUCCUGCUUCGGGCUGCGCCUCACUCACGGCCCGUCGGGGGACGUGCACUGGCUGCACCCGGACAUGGGCGUGUCCCACGUGAGGGAGAGGUACGAGCAGAACCGCCCGCAGGACGAGUGGAGGUAUGAGCUGAGGAUCCGUUACCUGCCCAAGGGCUUCCUGAAUCAGUUUGCUGAAGACAAGCCGACACUGAACUACUUUUAUCAGCAGGUGAAGAAUGACUACCUGCUGGAGAUGGCGGAUCAGGUGGAGCAGGACAUCGCACUGAAGCUCGGCUGUCUGGAGAUCAGGAGAUUCUACCGAGAGAUGAGAGGAAACGCUCUGGAUAAGAAAUCCAACUAUGAACUCUUAGAAAAGGACGUUGGACUCCGACGGUUCUUCCCCAAAAGUUUAUUGGAGUCGGUUAAGGCCAAAACGCUGAGGAAACAGAUCCAGCAAACAUUUAAGCAGUUCGCCAACCUGAACGACGAGCAGAGCAUACAGAAGUUCUUUGAGAUCCUGGCGCCCGUCUACAGAUUCGACAAAGAGUGCUUUCGCUGUGCUUUAGGGUCGAGUUGGGUCAUAUCAGUUGAUCUUGCUAUCGGUCCGGAGGAGGGAAUCAGUUACCUGACAGACAAGGGUUCCACGCCGACACAUCUGGCCAACUUCACGCAGGUGCAGAGCAUCCAUUACUCGUGCGUGGAGGAGAAGGAGAGGAAAGGUGUGUUACAGCUGGACGUGGCAGGAGCCGCUGAGCCUCUCACGAUCAGCACGCCAGUCUUCGCCACCGCGGAGAACAUGGCCGACCUCAUCGACGGCUACUGCCGACUCCUCAGCGGCGUCAGCCAGUCCUUCAUCGUCAGACCUCAGAAAGAGGGUGAGAGAGCUCUACCAUCCAUUCCAAAGUAA